UAGAUGGUAAGCACACCACGGCAGAACAGAAAGAACCCAAUACCUGAACACCACCUUUUUUCUGCAGAGUAUAUUCUCUAUGCUUGCUUCUUUCCUCCAUUAUUUCAUUACCCAUAACAUAAGUUCAGGUGUUCUGAAAAAAGAUCCGAUUUUUUGUUCCGGUACGUAUUACAUAGGAUUCGAGGGUACUAGGAAGGUGGUCUGCUCCGCGGGUGUGAGAGCUGUAAUGGGGAAGCCUCCGAAGUUCCCGGGUGUGAGCGAGGAGGUGCAGAAGCUUCUGGAUGCGGACAUGGACUCUGUAGAUGCAAGGCGCCGCGCGCGCGAGGCGUUUAAGGAUGUCCAGCUCUCAAUAGAUCAUUGCUUGUUCAAGGUGCCUCAUGCCGAGUUAAAGAUGGAGGAGUCAUACGAGAAAAAUUCUAGAGGGCUGGAGAUUUUCUCCAAAAGUUGGUUCCCGGCAACAAGUCCUGCCAAAGCACUCAUUUGUAUCUGUCAUGGUUAUGGAGAUACUUGCACAUUUUUUAUUGAAGGCAUUGCCAGGAAGCUGGCAUCUUCUGGUUAUGGAGUAUCUGCCAUGGAUUAUCCUGGAUUUGGUCUUUCAGAAGGUCUUCAUUGCUAUAUACCUAGUUUCGACAACCUGGUUGAUGAUGUCAUUGAGCAUUACUCAAAAGUUAAAGAAAAGCCAGAGUUGCGCGGGCUGCCAAGCUUCCUCUUUGGGCAAUCCAUGGGCGGAGCAGUUGCUCUGAAGGUUCACCUGAAGCAACCCGAUGCAUGGAAUGGGGCGGUUCUGGUUGCACCUAUGUGCAAAAUUGCAGAUGACAUGGCUCCACCGUGGUUAUUGACACAAAUCCUUAUCGUGGUGGCGAAAUUUCUUCCAAAACAGAAGCUAGUUCCGCAAAAGGAUUUGGCUGAGUUAGCAUUCAAAGACACAAAGAAGAGAGAACAGACUAACUAUAAUGUCAUUGGCUAUAGACAUAAACCGCGCUUAGGGACUGCCCUGGAACUACUUAAGACUACUCAGGAGAUAGAGCGAUUGUUAGAAAAGGUGUCUCUGCCAUUACUUAUUCUGCAUGGAAAGAAUGAUGUAGUGACUGAUCCAUCAGUAAGCAAAGCAUUGUAUGAGAAGGCAAGCAGCCAUGACAAGAAACUAAACCUUUAUGAUGAGGCUUGGCAUGCCCUUUUGGAAGGUGAACCAGAUGAGAUGAUUCACAGAGUUCUUGGUGACAUCAUUUCUUGGCUUGAUGAUCAUAGUGCCCAUUGACCCUUCUCUCUCUCUCUGCUCACACCUUCAAACAAGUUUUACAUGUCACUCACCCAGAGCCCACAUUUGGAUAGUUACGGCUUACUUAUAAAUCAAAGGUUUAUGUGUCAUUGUAAAAUCUGUUGUAACUUGUAUGCAAUUUUAUUCAUAAUCAAUAAAACAGCUUUUCAUUUAAAGACUAA